GAAGUGCGGCGAGUUUCACUAGAAGUCGGCGAAGAAGGAAAACUAGGCGGUCAAGCGCAUGUCAAAGAUGUCGGAGGUGCCUGGAAAGAUUUGACAGACAAUGUAAAUACAAUGGCCGCAAAUCUAACCACCCAAGUGCGAUCGAUUGCCGAAGUCACGAUGGCAGUUGCAAAGGGUGAUCUAUCGAAAAAAAUCGAGGUUGAAACACGAGGAGAGAUCCUGGACCUAAAAAACACGGUCAAUAACAUGGUUGAUCAAUUGCGUGUCUUUUCUACUGAAGUCACCAGAGUCGCCAAGGAAGUCGGUACCGAAGGCAAGCUCGGUGGCCAGGCUGUAGUUCCAAAUGUAGACGGUACAUGGAAGGAUCUGACCGAGAACGUGAACACCAUGGCCACAAACCUCACAACUCAAGUACGAUCAAUCGCCGUCGUCACAAAGGCAGUAGCCACAGGAGACCUCUCGAAAAAAAUCAUGGUCGACGUGAGUGGAGAAAUAUCUGAUCUUAAGGACACAGUCAACAACAUGGUAGAUCAACUGCGUGUAUUUGCUUCAGAAGUCACAAGAGUGGCGCGUGAAGUUGGCACAGAAGGAAAACUUGGUGGUGAAGCAAUUGUGCCCAGUGUGAGCGGAACCUGGAAAGACCUGACAGAUAAUGUGAACACGAUGGCUGCAAAUUUAACAACUCAAGUGCGAUCAAUUGCCGAAGUAACAAAGGCCGUCGCAAAGGGUGAUCUAUCAAAGAAGAUCGAUGUUGAAACACGAGGAGAAAUUCUAGAUCUAAAGAAUACGGUCAACAACAUGGUAGAUCAACUAAAUGUCUUUGCGGCUGAGGUAACACGCGUAGCAAAAGAAGAAGUAGGAACUGAGGGAAAACUAGGCGGUCAAGCCAUGGUGGAAGGUGUGGCUGGUACCUGGCUGGACCUAACUGACAACGUAAACCAGAUGGCCGCUAAUCUAACAAAUCAAGUGCGAUCCAUUGCCGAAGUAACCAAGGCUGUGGCGUUAGGUGAUCUUUCUAAGAAGAUCGAGGUUGAGAGUGGUGGAGAAAUUCUGGAUCUAAAGAAUAUUGUCAACAACAUGGUGGAUCAGCUACGUAUUUUUGCUUCUGAAGUCACUCGUGUAUCCAAGGAAGUCGGUACAGAGGGUAAACUUGGUGGUCAGGCAAUGGUUGAAGGUGUGGCCGGUACAUGGCUCAACCUCACCGACAAUGUAAAUCAGAUGGCUGCCAAUUUGACAAGUCAAGUGCGCUCCAUUGCCGAAGUUACCAAAGCUGUGGCUCUAGGUGAUCUAUCAAAGAAGAUUGAAGUAGAGAGUGGUGGCGAAAUUCUGGAUCUAAAGAACAUUGUCAAUAACAUGGUGGAUCAGCUCCGUAUUUUUGCCUCUGAAGUCACUCGUGUAUCUAAAGAAGUCGGAACAGAAGGAAAACUAGGCGGGCAAGCUAUGGUUGAAGGUGUUGCUGGUACCUGGUUGGACUUGACGGACAAUGUAAACCAAAUGGCUGCCAAUCUAACAAGUCAAGUACGCUCGAUUGCGGAAGUUACCAAGGCUGUCGCUCUAGGUGAUCUAUCGAAGAAGAUUGAAGUCGAGAGCGGUGGAGAAAUUCUGGAUCUAAAGAAUAUUGUCAAUAACAUGGUGGAUCAGCUUCGUAUCUUUGCCUCUGAAGUCACUCGUGUGUCUAAGGAAGUAGGAACUGAGGGAAAACUAGGUGGUCAAGCUAUGGUUGAAGGAGUCGCUGUUGCUGGUACCUGGAUGGAUCUUACCGACAACGUUAACACAAUGGCAGCCAAUCUUACAACACAAGUACGCUCAAUUGCACAAGUCACUAAAGCUGUCGCAAAUGGAGAUCUAUCGAAGAAAAUUGAAGUUGAAACUCGUGGUGAAAUUCUUGAUCUUAAGAAUACGGUGAAUAACAUGGUAGAUCAAUUGAGGGUAUUUGCAGCAGAAGUUACCCGUGUGUCAAAAGAAGUCGGAACGGAGGGUAAACUUGGUGGUCAAGCCAUGGUUGAUGGUGUGGCCGGUACUUGGAUGGACCUUACAGACAAUGUCAACACAAUGGCCGCCAAUCUAACAACCCAAGUACGAUCAAUUGCCCUUGUUACUAAGGCCGUGGCCUUAGGAGAUCUCUCUAAAAAGAUUGAAGUUGAGACGCGAGGAGAAAUUCUUGACUUGAAAAACACAGUUAACAACAUGGUGGAUCAAUUACGUAUCUUUGCUUCAGAAGUCACGCGUGUCUCUAAAGAAGUAGGAACGGAAGGAAAGCUAGGUGGCCAGGCUAUGGUGGAAGGUGUGGCCGGCACGUGGUUGGACUUGACAGACAAUGUCAAUAUUAUGGCUGCGAAUCUUACGAAUCAAGUACGAUCCAUUGCCGAAGUCACUAAAGCCGUUGCACUUGGCGAUCUAUCUAAAAAGAUUGGGGUAGAAAGUGGCGGAGAAAUUCUUGAUCUAAAGAAUAUUGUCAAUAAUAUGGUUGACCAGCUCCGUAUCUUCGCCUCUGAAGUUACACGUGUUUCUAAAGAAGUAGGAACCGAAGGUAAACUUGGUGGCCAAGCCAUGGUUGAAGGUGUUGCUGGAACCUGGCUGGACUUGACCGAUAACGUCAACCAGAUGGCUGCUAAUCUUACUACACAAGUCCGUUCCAUUGCUGAAGUGACAAAAGCCGUUGCGAAUGGUGAUCUAUCGAAAAAGAUCGAUGUCGAGACACGAGGAGAAAUUCAAGAUCUCAAGGUCACAGUAAACUCUAUGGUUGACCAACUACGUGUGUUUGCAUCUGAGGUUACCCGUGUUGCAAGAGAAGUCGGUACAGAUGGUAAACUAGGAGGCCAGGCCAUUGUUAAUGGUGUGGCUGGUACAUGGAUGGACCUAACAGACAAUGUGAAUACAAUGGCGGCCAAUCUAACCACUCAGGUGCGAUCCAUUGCACAAGUCACCAAAGCGGUAGCAAAUGGUGAUCUAUCAAAGAAGAUUGAUGUCGAGACACGAGGAGAGAUUCUUGAUUUGAAGAACACUAACACGAUCAAUACCAUGGUGGAUCAACUAAGCUCAUUUGCAUCCGAAGUUACAAGAGUUGCCAGAGAAGUAGGUACUGAAGGAAAACUUGGAGUACAAGCCCAGGUUAUGGAUGUUGAAGGUGCCUGGCGCGAGAUUACCAGUAAUGUAAACACAAUGGCCUCAAAUUUGACUACCCAAGUUCGUGCAUUUGCUCAAAUCUCAGCUGCUGCAACCGAAAAUGACUUUUCGCGAUUGAUUACUGUUGAAGCUUCUGGUGAAAUGGAUUCGCUCAAAACGAAGAUCAAUCAGAUGGUUGGCUCUUUACGCGAUGCGAUCCAAAAGAACCAGCUGGCAAGAGAUGCAGCCGAACUUGCCAACAGAUCAAAGAGUGAGUUUUUGGCUAACAUGAGUCAUGAAAUUCGUACACCUAUGAACGGUAUUAUUGGCAUGACCACCUUGACCCUUGAGACUGAAUUGACUCGUCAGCAACGUGAGAAUCUGAUGAUCGUCUCAAGUCUUGCGAACAAUCUCUUGACAAUUAUUGACGAUAUUUUGGAUAUUUCCAAGAUUGAAGCUGGCCGUAUGAUGAUUGAGGCGAUUCCUUUCUCCCUUCGAGCAUCCGUAUUUAGUGUUCUUAAGACACUAGCAGUUAAGGCAAACCAAAAGAAACUUGAUCUGAUUUACAAUAUGGAAAGUACGAUCCCCGACCAGUUGAUUGGUGACCCCUUGAGACUUCGUCAAGUUAUCACAAACUUAAUUGGAAAUGCUGUUAAGUUCACAACUCAAGGUGAAGUUGUAUUGCGUACUCGUGUUACGAAGACACAAGGAGACCAUGUUAUACUUCAACUCUGUGUUAGCGAUACUGGUAUUGGCAUUCAGGAAGACAAAUUAAAUGUUAUUUUCGAUACAUUCUGUCAAGCCGAUGGAAGUACUACACGUGAGUACGGAGGUACUGGCCUCGGUUUAUCUAUUUCGAGACACUUGGUCCAGCUCAUGGGUGGAGAUUUGUGGGUUGAAUCAAAGUAUGGUCGUGGCUCAGAAUUCUACUUUACUAUGAACUUAAAGCAAGUAGCUAUGCGUGAAGACGAAGUAGUAAAGAAGAUGGCCAGAUUCCAGAACAGACACAUCUUAUUCCUCGACAGUAUGAAAGACAAAACUGGUAUGAUCGAUAAGAUCACUGAACUUGGUCUGAAGCCUUUCCAAGUAUCCUCAAUUGAAGAAGCCACAGCUGUUGCAAAUGCAAACGCAAACCGUAACAAGAAUGCUCCAUUCUUCGAUACAGUAAUUGUUGAUAAGAUGUCGCAUGCAGAGAAAAUUCGCGAAAUUGUUCACUUGCGUUACACUCCUCUUGUUCUUAUUGCACCAGAAAUACACCUACUCAACAUGAAACUCUGUAUUGACCUUGGAAUUACUGCCUAUAUCAAUUCACCUAAAAACGUUCCCGAUCUCGCUGAUGCACUUCUUCCUGCACUCGAGAGUCUUGCCGCUUUACCGAAUGAUGCAUCCAAGACAGUUCCUCUUGAGAUUCUAUUGGCCGAAGAUAAUGUAGUCAAUCAGAAACUUGCGGUCCGCAUUCUCGAGAAGUUUGGACACAAUGUGAAGAUUGUACCUAACGGAAAACUUGCUGUUGAAGCAUUUGAGUCUCAGAAGUUCGACUUAAUUUUGAUGGAUGUACAGAUGCCAAUCAUGGGAGGAUUUGAGGCUACGCAGACAAUCCGAAGAAUCGAACGUACUUCUGGUCCUAACAGACAUAUCCCUAUCAUUGCCCUUACAGCACAUGCUAUGAUCGGUGAUCGUGAGAAGUGCUUACAAGCAGGAAUGGAUGAAUACGUAACAAAGCCGCUGAGGUUCCCUGAUCUUAUUUCAGCUAUUAAGAAGUUUGCGCCGCAGUCUGCUCAUAUGAUGUUAGAAAAAGUUCAAAAGUGA